GCCAUAGCAGAUUCGAAAAAGAAAAGCAACUGGAUAUAUUCAUCGAUUGCUCCAUUCACAUUCCAAUGGCUCUCCUUUCAUUCCGUUGAUUUGAGUCUGUCUUUCAUAGUUUGGCCUCAAGCUUUGAACUUUGACAGCGUUUCAAAGAAGUCAUGGGAGAUGUACAUAUUGAAACAGAAAUAUCUGAAAUCCCUUCAUCAUCACAUCAGGUCGGAAAUUUUUCGAGUAACUGUUACCUCCUAGAAGUACAUGGUCAUCAAAGAAAGCAUUUGGUCUGUGGUGAUGCUGUGACGAACACUAGUCUUCUUAAGGAUGCUCUGGGAUUUCACUCGUUAAUGGAUGACAUUGUCACCCAUCUCUUAACUCUGGCUAGUUAUGCGAGUCAUCAGUUCAUUCAAUUUAUUGAGGACCUCGUAGUUAGAGAUGUCAAUAGAUGCUCAAAAGAUUUGGGGGUUGUUUUUUCUGAACGGCAUCCAAGAACAGUCCUGGAAGGAAAGACCUCAGAACUCGGGGAAGAAUUGCUUGUAAAUACAAGAUGUGAAGUUGUCGAAAACAACUACAGCUAUGGGAGUGUCCCUAUUUUUUUUCAAGGGUUGAUGCUUCCAUUAUUCAGUUUACGAUUUACCUGGAGGUUGGCAUUAUACUCCUGGAAACAGUCUUUUUCAUACAUUAGAGGCAUUCAAGUGCAAGUUCGAAGCAUUAUAUCUCGACUGCGUAAAACUUUGCGUGGUUCUUGUGAUGACAUUGGAUGGUUGCAAUGCACUCCCGGAGUGGCUCCUGUUGAGGAUGGGACGCCAAGAUUCUUGGAAUUGCUUGCAGGCAUAAGAAAUGGAGAACACAAACUUCCUAAUUCAUUUGUUUAUCUACUAAUUCCAGGCCUCUUUAGUAAUCAUGGUCCCUUAUAUUUUGUGGGCGCUAAAAGAUUCUUUUCAAAGAUGGGUCUAGCUUGUCAUAUUGCAAAAAUUCACAGCGAGGCCUCAGUGGAGCACAAUGCAUGGGAACUGAAGCAAUAUAUUGAGGAGCUUUACUGGGGAUCUGGCAAGCGUGUAAUGUUGCUAGGGCACAGCAAGGGUGGGGUUGAUGCUGCAGCUGCAUUAUCAGUUUACUGGUCUGAUUUGAAAGACAAAGUUGCUGGUUUGGCACUGGUACAGAGCCCCUAUGGCGGCACCCCUUUAGCUUCUGAUAUUCUCCGUGAAGGUCAGAUUGCUGACAAAGAAACCCGGAGGAUAAUGGAGUUCUUGAUAUGCAAGCUAAUUAAGGGUGACAUAAGGGCAUUGGACGACCUCACAUAUGAGAAGCGGAAGGAGUUCAUCAUGAAGCACAAGCUUCCCGAGAACAUCCCGUUGAUCUCCUUCCACUCUGAAGCAAGCAUAGCUCCUGGUGUCCUUGCAACAAUGACCCACAUAGCCCAUGCUGAACUUCCCUGGCUCCCUUUUCCAAACUUUGGGAAUGAGGAGCCUGAUAGUUUUGGACGUCAGGUGCCUGUAGUGAUUCCUCUAUCCGCUGCCAUGGCUGUGUGCGCACUCCACUUGCAGCUCAGGUAUGGUGAGAAGAGUGAUGGUCUAGUGACGUGCCGUGAUGCUGAAGUUCCAGGCUCGGUUGUAGUGAGACCAGAUCAGAAGCUUGACCAUGCCUGGAUGGUGUACUCUUCAAGGAAGACGAAUCCUAGUGAGCCUGAUGCCUGUGAAAUGUGUGAGGCUCUUCUCACUCAGCUUGUGGAGCUUGGGGAGACGAAGCAAGGAGAAAGGAAGCAAUCUGGGAAGUAAUCCCUAAUUCAAAAGAGGGCUUUUUUGGUUAUAGCAUGUUUACUUAAGUUUGCUAUCAUGUUUCCAUAACAACAGUUCAUAAGCAGUGAAUGGUGGCAAAAUCUUGCUACUUAGUUGUGGAUCUGUUCUUUUUGAAGUGCUUCGUUUAGAGCUUUGAACAGACAACACAAUGGUUUUGGAGAUCAGAGGCCUAUGGCUAUGGAGAAUGGACAGGGGAGAUGUAUAGAAGUUCUAAACAUUAUGCAGGACAUGAACUAAAGUUCAUUUCAUGGUAUUUGCAAUUUAUCAUGAGGCUAA